AUGGAGAGUUUAUUGAGAGAGCAAUGGGAGGUGCAGCACAAGCAUGCGCCGGAGGAGGUGCUGCAGCGGUGGAGGGGCCUCUGCGGCGUCGUCAAGAACCACAAGCGCCGCUUCCGAUUCACCGCCAACCUCUCCAAACGCUACGAGGCCGCCGCCAUGCGCAAAACCAAUCACGAGAAGUUCAGAGUGGCACUCCUCGUAUCAAAAGCUGCAUUUCACUUCAUACAAGGCAUGCAGCUGAGCGACGACGACUACACCGUCCCCAAAGAAGUCAAAGACGCCGGUUUCCAGAUCUGUGCAGAGGAGCUCGAGUCCAUCGUGGAGGGCCAUGAUCUGAAGAAACUCAAGCAACACGGCGACGUCACAGGCGUCGCCGACAAGCUCGCCACAGACUCCACCACCGGCAUCCCCAGCGAGGACAGCGACUCCCUCGACCGCCGCCGCAGCGUGUACGGCACCAACACCUUCCAAGAGUGCGAGCCCCAGAGCUUCUGGAUGUUCGUCUACGAGGCUCUCCACGACAUGACGCUGAUGAUCCUCGGCGCCUGCGCCAUUCUCUCCCUCAUCGUCGGCAUACCAACCGAAGGAUGGCCUAAAGGCGCCCAUGACGGCAUCGGCAUCGCCACCAGCAUAUUACUCGUUGUGUUCGUCACUGCCACCAGUGACUACCAGCAGUCCCUGCAGUUUAAAGAUUUGGAUAAAGAAAAGAAGAAGGUCUCUGUUCAAGUCACCAGAAAUGGCUACAGGGAGAAGAUGUCAAUUUACAGCCUCCUUGCUGGAGAUAUCGUGCAUCUCUCCAUUGGUGAUCAAGUCCCUGCUGAUGGCCUCUUUCUCUCUGGAUUCUCCCUCUUGAUAGACGAGUCUAGUCUAACAGGAGAGAGCGAGCCGGUCGUGAUCAACCUCGAACGCCCUUUUCUCCUCUCCGGGACCAAGGUUCAAGACGGGUCGUGUAAGAUGUUAGUGACAACAGUUGGGAUGAGGACUCAGUGGGGUAAGCUGAUGGCGACGUUGAGUGAAGGAGGGGACGAUGAGACACCGCUGCAGGUGAAGCUGAAUGGAGUGGCAACCAUUAUUGGGAAGGUGGGGCUGUUGUUUGCUGUGGUGACAUUUGCUGUUCUGGUGCAGAAGAUGAUCAGUCAUAAAUGGGGAGAGCACACGGCGUCAAGAUGGACGGUAGACGAUGCUCUUGAGCUGCUGGAUUACUUUGCCAUUGCUGUCACUAUUGUUGUUGUGGCAGUCCCUGAAGGCCUGCCUCUGGCUGUCACGUUGAGCCUUGCCUUCGCGAUGAAGAAGAUGAUGAACGACAAGGCGCUGGUGCGCCAUCUUGCUGCUUGUGAGACCAUGGGAUCAGCCACCAAUAUCUGCAGUGAUAAAACUGGUACACUUACAACGAACCGUAUGACUGUGGUGAAGUGUUGCUUCUCAAUGGCUGUCAAGGAUUUGAGCAGAGAAGGAAGUGUUUCAGAAAUGAAGUCUAAGCUCCCAGAAUCCGUGUUGAAGACUCUGCUUCAAUCAAUCUUUAACAAUACAGGUGGAGAAGUGGUGGUGAGCAGGGACGGGAAGCAGAAGAUUCUUGGAACGCCGACAGAGGCAGCUAUUCUCGAGUUAGGCCUGUCGUUGGGAGGGGAUUUUCAGGUAGAGAGGCAAGCAUACAAAGUAGUGAAGCUUGAGCCAUUCAACUCCACAAAGAAGCGAAUGGGGGUGGUGUUGGAACUCCCAGAAGGAGGUCUCAGAGCUCACACGAAAGGUGCCUCGGAGAUAGUCUUGGCUGCUUGCAACAAGGCCUUAAACUCAGAUGGUGAAGUUGUACCAUUGGAUGAGAUGUCUAUCAAUCGUUUGAAGACUGCUAUCGAUGAGUUUGCAAACGAAGCUCUGAGGACUUUGUGCCUCGCCUAUAUGGAGCUUGAAAAUGGAUUCUCUGCUACUGAUGACAUUCCUGCCUCAGGAUACACAUGCAUAGGGAUCGUGGGGAUCAAAGAUCCCGUGCGCCCUGGAGUCCCUGAGUCGGUUGCAUUGUGUCGUUCAGCUGGAAUAUUUGUAAGGAUGGUUACCGGAGAUAAUAUCAAUACUGCCAAAGCUAUUGCUAGAGAAUGUGGGAUACUAACCGAUGAUGGUAUCGCGAUAGAAGGUCCAGUUUUUCGCGAACUGAGUUUGGAGGAGUUGCACCAACUCGUACCCAAGAUCCAGGUGAUGGCUCGUUCUUCGCCAAUGGACAAACAUACAUUGGUCAAACACCUGAGAACUACGUUUAAUGAAGUUGUGGCUGUCACUGGUGAUGGAACGAACGAUGCUCCUGCACUUCACGAAGCAGAUAUUGGACUUGCAAUGGGCAUUGCUGGGACUGAGGUAGCUAAAGAGAGUGCUGAUGUUAUAAUUCUGGAUGAUAAUUUCUCCACGAUCGUGACAGUAGCCAAAUGGGGGCGCUCGGUUUAUGUAAAUAUUCAAAAGUUCGUGCAGUUCCAGCUCACUGUUAAUGUCGUUGCACUGGCCGUCAACUUCUAUUCAGCUUGCAAGACCGGAAGUGCUCCUCUAACAGCUGUUCAGCUCCUAUGGGUGAAUAUGAUAAUGGACACACUUGGUGCACUUGCACUUGCAACCGAGCCUCCUAACGACGAACUGAUGAAGAGGCCUCCUGUCGGGAGGAAGGGAAACUUCAUUAGUAACAUCAUGUGGAGGAACAUCUUAGGCCAAUCAAUUUAUCAGUUCCUUAUCAUCUGGUUCCUUCAGAAGCAUGGAAAGACAUUCUUCUUCCUCCAUAAGCACGAUGACUCGGACUUGGUACUAAACACGAUUAUCUUCAACACGUUCGUCUUCUGCCAGUUGUUCAAUGAGGUGAACUCAAGAGAAAUGGAGAAAGUAGACGUGCUCCGAGGCAUACUGGACAACUAUGUCUUCGUGAUAGUGUUAGGCUCCACCGUCUUCUUCCAGAUCAUUAUCAUCGAAUGCCUCGGGACAUUUGCAAGCACGACACCUCUCUCAAUCAUGCAAUGGUUCUUCAGCAUUUUUAUGGGAUUCUUGGGAAUGCCUAUUGCUGUUCUUUUGAAGAAACAUUUUCCUGUCCAACCUUAGUAAAUGGUACAUGUAAAGAUCCUCCACACAGAAGCAGCCAAUUGCUUAAGCAAAACAAUUAGGUAGGCAAACAUAGAAUAUAAUAUGUACUCAAUUUGCAUUCAGAUUAGCAAAUAGUAGAAAU